AUGGUGAACACCCGGAAGAGCGCUCUGCGCCUCCUGGGCGGGAAGGCGUCCGGGCCCGGGGCCGGAGGGGCAGGCGGGGGGGCCGGCGGAGCAGCCGGGCCCGGAGGUGGGCACUUCAUCUCGUCCCGCACGCGCUCUUCCAAAAGCCGCGCGGUGGGGGCCAAAGCGGGCCCUGGGACGGCGGCGGGAGCCGGAACGGGAGCAGGAGGCGGAGACCUGGACGACACCCGGAACGUUGACGCUGAUGGCAGCUUGAGCGAUAGUCACAUCUCCCCGCCAGCCAAGCGCACUCUGAAGCUUGCCGAUGCUCUCUGCAAGGAUAAAUCCAAGGCGCGAAGUCCUGGCCAGCGGGAGGAAUGGAGCCUUGCAGCUGGCCAGUCCAGGUUAACUUCUCAGCCUGGUGCUACAUUACCAAACGGACAUAGUAGCCUAUCUCUUCGAAGUCACCCCCUCCGAGGGGAAAAGAAGGGAGAUGGGGACCGCCCGUGCAUGAAUGGGGAUAUGGAAGUCAGGAAAAGUUGUCGUUCCAGGAAAAACAGAUUCGAAAGUGUGAAUCAGAGCUUAUUAUUUGAUCAGCUCGUCAACAGCACUGCUGAGGCCGUCCUGCAGGAAAUGGACAACAUCAACAUCCGGAGAAAUAGGCGGUCUGGCGAGGUGGAGAGACUUCGCAUGUGGACCGACACAGAGUUUGAAAACAUGGACAUGUAUUCAAGAGUGAAAAGGCGAAGGAAGUCCCUGAGAAGAAAUAGUUAUGGCAUCCAGAACCAUCAUGAGGUGUCUACCGAGGGUGAGGAAGAAGAGUCUCAAGAGGAGGAUGGCGAUAUCGAAGUAGAGGAGGCUGAAGGUGAGGAGAAUGACCGCCCCUAUAACCUGAGGCAGAGGAAGACUGUGGAGAGGUACCAGGCCCCACCCAUAGUGCCAGUUCAUCAGAAAAAGAGGGAGAAUGCCCUGUUUGACAUCCACAGAUCUCCUGCCAGAAGAAGCCAUAUCAGGAGAAAGAAGCAUGCCAUCCACAGCAGUGAUACGACGUCCUCUGAUGAGGAGCGCUUCGAGAGAAGGAAAUCGAAGAGCAUGGCCCGGGCCAGGAACAGGUGUUUGCCAAUGAACUUUAGAGCAGAAGAUUUAGCCAGCGGUAUUCUUCGAGAACGUGUCAAAGUUGGUGCCAGCUUGGCAGAUGUUGACCCAAUGAUACUUGACAAAUCGGUGCGUUUCGACAGUAUCGGAGGAUUGAGCCAUCACAUUCAUGCACUAAAAGAAAUGGUUGUGUUUCCACUUCUGUAUCCUGAAAUUUUUGAAAAAUUCAAAAUUCAGCCUCCCAGGGGCUGCUUGUUUUAUGGUCCCCCCGGCACUGGUAAGACCCUGGUUGCCAGAGCACUGGCCAAUGAGUGCAGCCAGGGAGACAAGAAGGUGGCUUUCUUCAUGCGCAAAGGAGCUGACUGUCUGAGCAAGUGGGUCGGGGAAUCUGAGCGGCAGCUUCGGCUGCUUUUUGACCAGGCCUACCUGAUGAGACCCUCAAUAAUAUUUUUUGAUGAGAUCGAUGGGUUGGCUCCGGUUCGAUCUAGCAGACAGGACCAGAUUCACAGUUCCAUUGUGUCCACCCUCCUCGCACUCAUGGAUGGACUGGAUAACAGGGGGGAAAUCGUUGUUAUUGGUGCUACCAACAGACUGGACUCCAUCGACCCUGCGCUCAGGAGACCUGGCCGCUUUGACCGGGAAUUUCUUUUUAACCUGCCGGAUCAAAAGGCCCGGAAGCACAUUUUGCAGAUCCACACCCGGGACUGGAGCCCUAGACUGUCAGACCUCUUCCUUGGUGAACUGGCUGAGAAAUGUGUUGGCUACUGUGGCGCAGACAUCAAGGCCCUGUGCACGGAGGCUGCCCUGCUCGCCCUGCGCAGGCGCUACCCACAGAUCUACGCCAGCAGCCACAAGCUGCAGCUGGACGUGUCCUCCAUUGUGCUCAGCGCGCAGGACUUCCACCACGCCAUGCAGAACAUUGUGCCUGCCUCCCAGCGUGCCGUCACAUCCUCGGGCCAUGCCCUAUCGCCCAUCAUCAGGCCUCUUCUGGAGAGGAGCUUCAACCACAUCCUCUCUGUUCUGCAGAGAGUGUUUCCUCAUGCCGAGACCAGCCAGGGGGACAGACGAGAAGAUGCGCAGAGCCUCCUUUUAGAAGACAGCGAUGAUGAGAAUGCUUUGUCGAUAUUUGAGACUGGCUGUCCCUCAGGAUCACCAAAGAAACCGUCCCCAGCUGCUGCCCAUAAGCCCUACCUGCAUUUCAGCACGUCAGCUUCUCAGCAGCCCACGUCAUACCGGCCUCGCUUGCUGCUGUCUGGAGAGAGGGGCUCGGGGCAGACUUCUCACCUGGCUCCUGCCCUGCUGCACACUCUGGAGAAGUUCUCUGUGCACAGACUUGACCUCCCUGCGCUUUAUUCAGUCAGUGCCAAAACACCCGAGGAGUCGUGUGCCCAGAUAUUCCGUGAAGCUCGGAGAACAGUACCAAGCAUUGUUUACAUGCCUCAUAUCGGUGACUGGUGGGAGGCUGUCAGCGAGACUGUGAGAGCGACGUUUCUGACCCUGCUGCAGGACAUACCAUCCUUCUCCCCUAUAUUUCUCCUGUCUACCUCUGAGACCAUGUACAGCGAACUGCCCGAGGAGGUUAAAUGUAUAUUUAGAAUCCAAUAUGAAGAGGUCUUGUAUAUUCAAAGGCCCAUUGAAGAAGACAGACUCAAAUUUUUCCAGGAAUUGAUUCUCAAUCAGGCGUCGAUGCCUCCACCAAGAAGGAAAAAAGCUGCUCUGUAUGCUAUGGAGGUGCUGCCUCUGGCGCUGCCUUCUCCAUCCCGCCAGCUGUCGGAGUCGGAAAAGACCCGCAUGGAGGACCAGGAGGAGAACACCUUGCGAGAGCUGCGGCUGUUUCUCAGGGACGUGACCAAGAGGCUUGCCACAGACAAGCGCUUUAGCAUCUUCAGCAAACCGGUGGAUAUUGAAGAGGUGUCUGAUUAUCUGGAGGUGAUCAAGGAGCCCAUGGACUUAUCCACUGUCAUCACCAGAAUUGAUAAACACAACUAUUUAACUGCUAAGGACUUCCUGAAUGACAUUGAUCUCAUCUGUAACAAUGCGUUAGAGUAUAACCCAGAUAAAGACCCUGGAGACAAGAUCAUCAGGCACAGGGCUUGCACUUUGAAGGACACUGCCCAUGCCAUCAUUGCUGCUGAGCUCGACCCAGAGUUUAACAAACUUUGUGAAGAAAUCAAGGAAUCCAGAAGGAAAAGAGGCUUACCGGUGACCGCAGAACAAAUCAGUCCCCCUGGCUCCGUGGCACGCAGGGCAGAAACGAGAACGGAGGAGGCGUUCCGCAGCAAGCAGAGACAUCCCAUAGACGUCUGGCACCACCCUGCAAACAAAUGUGCCUUUCGGGUCCGGAGGAAGUCGAGGCGGCGCUCCCAGUGGGGGAAGGGCAUCAUCAAGAAGAGGAAGGCCAACAACUUGAAGAAGGAUGAGGAUGAGGGCAAGUUUGCUGACUAUGAUGGCCCAGCGGUGGGCAGGAAGCUCAUGGAGAAUGGUGAGUUUGAAGUCAGCCCGGACUGCCCCGAGGAGAAUGGAGAGGAGACCGGAGAUCUGUCCAUGACCAACGAUGAGUCAUCUUGUGACGUCAUGGACCUAGAGCCGGAGCCGAGGCUUGAUGAUGGCCCCCGAGCCUCCACCGAGGAGGAGAGCUCGAACGAGUCCCUGCUGGCCAACAGCAGCGGCCCACUGCUAAAGCCAGAGCAGAUGCCCAAGGAGGAGCCCCUCCCCAACGGUGAGGCUGCCAUCGACAGCCCAGAGAGUCCCCGAGGCCCAGCGAGGGCUAACGCCCCCGAGGCUCCUCUGGAAGAGAGGUUAAAAGAAAAAAUAGAGACUUCCCAGGAGAAUCCCAGAGGGGAGGCUGAGAAGCGACUCAGUCCUGAGGCCCCCUCAAGCCUCAGCAACGAGCGGGCCGAGCAUAGUACAGACCUCGAGGGAAAAGAGUCGGAGCCUGAUAAGGAAGGUGCUGCUCGUGGCAAGAGAUACCGUAAGUUAGUCUUGGAGUCCUCCCGCACGGCGAGCCUGGACCUAGUCCCAGAGGAGCCCUUGGAGCCCGUCCCUGCCCUGGUCGUGGACCACGAGCGGCUGAAGAAACUGCUGGAUUUGCUGGUGAAGAGAAGCAGCAACUUGGCUGUGGAUCAGCUGGAGAGGCUGUACUCGCUGCUCAGCCAGUGCAUCUACCGACACCGCAGAGACUAUGACAAGUCCCGACUCGUGGAGGAGAUGGAAAGGACCGUGCGUCUGUUUGAGACGUUCCUCUGAGCGCGCCUGCUCUGCUCUGCUCUUUCUCCACACUGCUCGCGAGGAUGGGCGGGCGCGCGCAGCCUUCUCUGAGCCAUUCACUUCGUGAUCGCACCAGGCCUGGGUGGAGCCGAGCUCCCCUCUUUCCCGCUGUUGCGUUUGGUGCUAUUGUCUCAGGUACCUGAAACCAGCCAGCCUACAAGAACCAAACCGAACUUCAGGCACAUGUUGUAUUUCCACAGACAAAGAUACAAUGUCACCGCGUGGAGAUUUUGGUGCUACAGAAAUUGUUCCCCCUCGGCCCCACCCUGCCUUGUCAGGUGGUCGGCGGCGGGGUGGGGGGUGGUUCUGGGAACGGGCAGGCAGCCGCGGGUCUCCCCCUCCCCAUCUUCUUCUCGCCCUUUGUUUCUCAUUCGCGUUGGCUGCGGUGUGUUCUGUUGGGAUGCUGGGGAGACAGGAUGUCAUGGGAAGAGGAGGCUCUCUUGGACUGCUUUUAAUGUGCCUUUUAAUUCAUUGGAGGAAGAUAAGGCUACAGAUAGGGGGGUUUGUAGCAGACGACUGGGAGAGCUUCACAGGAAGGGGGGCCAGUGCGCCCCUGGGGGCCAUGGGAAGAAGCCGGUGCUGAAGCGGGUACUCAGAAAGCCACCCGACCGACCAAAAUGGUGACCACUCUUUCCUGUAGUCGGGUCUCUUUCUUUUCUAGAAAUGUCACAUUGGAAAAACAAAACAAACCCUUUUCUGCAUUCAUUGCUGACCACGAUGACCAGAACAGAAUCAGCUCGGGCCUCCCUCUGUUUCUCGCCGUGAUGUCUUUAUCAAUUGUCCAAGAUGAGUGAAUUCCAACCCCCCUUUUUUUUGAAGCCUGGACUUGCCAAGUGGACAGAGAAAAGAGGGAAUUGGUCAGCAGGGUGUCUUGUAUGCAUCAUCUGUGUCCUUUCCCCCCACCCUGGUUUUUUGUAUGUCCCCAUUGCAUGGAGGCUGUCAUGGCACAGUCCAGGCACAAACAGUAUUAGUCAGAAAUCGAUUCUCCUGUCUUUUCCCCUGUGUCCCAUCUCCCAAACCCGCCCCCCCCCCCAAAAAAAAAAUGUAAUUGAUUUAGGCCCGUUUUCAUUCUGUCUCAAGCACUAAUUGGUAUGGAUUAUGGGUCAGGAGCCCAAAAAACUCACUCUAGAAAUUGUACAGGACCCAGGCCCUUCCCAAAAGGCAGGCGCCCUGCUGCCCGGUUCUCCGACCAGCUGCCCAGGGGCACCUCCUUCAUCAGCGUCCUUCACCCGCGGGGGCAUCUUUCCCAUAUAUGCAACACGGCAUGUUUGAGCUUGGUCCUUGCAGUCUCGGACUUCCGCAGAGGUGCAGGGCUACCUCAGCUUUUUGUAUCUGACGAGCACCAGUGUGUUUACAGAACCCUGUAGCCCUCGGUGCCCAUGGGAGCCCAGUCUGAGGUCCUCACUCCUCUGCCGUCCGUCCCUGCUGUGCGGACGCACAAUGCCACUUGUUUCCUUAAAGACUCUCAGACUUUGUAGCAUUCAUCAUUUGAGAUGCAUCCUGUGUCCAAGCACUGUCUGUAUUUUGGAGGUGGGCAAGUGCGAUUAGAAACCAGACCGGGAGGGGGGCCCGGGGCAGCUCCCACGGGAUUCCCAGGAGGGUCUUCAUGCUUUCUUCAGUGUUUAUCACCAUCAUACCUGUCCCAGACAUUUGACUGUCUAAUACAUUAACAUUUUGUAUUUUGAUGAAAAUUGUUACAGACUUUGAAGAUUUGAUGAAAUAAAAUGUAGCAGAUUUUUGUAGCAAGUUUCUGGUAAAAGGGUUUUUGGCAAGUCUCAGGUUCUUGCUGCAGCAUUUUUUUAAUCUUGAUUCCUGUUUCACUAAUUCAGAAGCAUUCUGUUCUAGUAGCGGCCAAGCUUGUGAACGGCAGAACUGCAGGCUUUCAGUGAGUUACUCGGUUUGGACGGACCAGAUUCUAGCCAUCAGUGAGUUUGACAAGGGGAUUUUAGGAUGCUUCCAAAAGAUCAAGUUUCUUUGUUUUUGUUUUCACCUUAACCUAACCCUUUGAUGUGGAUGAAGAAAUGGGGGUGAGGACCGCGGGGUGGGAGCUGCCACCUGGCGCAGACUCAGGCUUUGUCAGAAGCCCAGCCACGCGCUUGGUUUCCGUCACAGACCUGGAAUAGUUCUGUCGUGGGAAGCAGCUGGCGGGAAUUCGCCAAGCAUGCUCGCUGUGGCUUUCUGACAUGAGCUUGGUCUUCACUGCGUAGUAUGUGCAAACUGACCUCUGCUCUUGCUUCCUCUUGUGAAAAUUGCAAAUGAUGGGCUCGCUCUUGGGUCUGUCCAGCGGGUGACCCAGGGCAGCCACCCCACGUGGUCUGUCCUGGCGGCGCGGGAGCUGGUGGCCGGGGAUCUCACCUGGCCUUAAUUUGGAUUGUUGCGUCUUUUAUAUGUUACUUGAUUUUUUUUUUCUCAUAUGCCAAUGUAUUUAUAGGUUUACUGGGUUUCUUUGGAGGGUGGGGUGGGGUGGGUUGUGGUAAUACCUUGUCUUCCCAUUCCUUGAUUAAGUUUUCGGUGAAUUCAGCCGUGGAACCGUCCAGCCGGUAUCUUCAGUGUUGGGUUCUGUAGCUGGAUACUGUUGUCAUCAUUAUAAGUAUAAUUAUUAUUUGUAAUCACAAAGUAAGCUUGAAUUUGGGCUUGUACUUGCAUCUUUUGUAUUUUCUAUGUUUGGUUAUUUAGACUUUGGGCGUCCUGUUGUUCGGUUUUGUUCCUGUUCUGUCUACUUGGAGAAUUGAGUAGACCCAUCCGUGAUGGUCUCUUUUGGAUUCUGUAGCUCUAUUUGGAAUUGUGUUAAAUUGAUGUUUUGCAUUUUGACUUCAUUUUACAUUAGUUUGAAGUAAAUUAUUUAAUUUUUUGGACUUCUGGAAUUUUGAACAUUUACUGUAAUUUGUAAUAUACCUGCUGUGAAAUACUUGAAUAAAGAGGACAAGAAAAACACA